GAUACUAAAUUUUUUUCCUUUGAAGGAAAAUCUUGGUACUACAUGGCAUAGGCUUAUGAAUAUCCAAAGUAAAGUUUAGUUUUUGUGAGCAAAUCUCUCUCUCUCUCUCUCCAUUUUGUAACUCUCUUCCAUGGAGUCAAGAUCACAAACCCCACCACUCCAUCAUCAUCAUCAAUCUCUCACCACGAACCCUACCAACAAUGAAGACACAAUUGACAUUGAAGCCAUUGAUCAUCAAGAAGAAACACAACAACAUCAAAAUCAACCAUCACCAUUUGUCAACAACAAAAACCACCUGCAUGCAAAUGAUCAAAAAUCCAUUACAAACAAAAGGUACAUGCCACUUUUGAUAAUCAACUAUCUCUUACUCUUUGUUGGUUCAAUCUCAUCAAGUUUACUCUCAAAAUACUAUUUCAUCCACAAAGGUUCAAGCAAAUGGGUCUCAACUUGGGUUCAAUGUGCUGGCUUCCCUCUCUUGAUCAUCCCAAUUUUUCUCCCUUAUCUCUUCAAUCUCACCAAAAGAAACCCUUUCACUGAUUUCACACCGAAAAUGUUAACCCUAUCAAUUUUUGUUGGUAUCAUGUUAGGGUUUAACAAUCUUUUAAUCUCAUGGGGUGUUGCAUAUCUACCUGUUUCAACUUCAGCACUUUUGCUAUCUUCACAGCUUGUUUUCAAUCUCAUUCUCUCAGCCAUCAUAGUGAAACAAAAAAUCACUUUUUCAAAUCUCAAUUGUGUUAUUCUUCUCACAUUGAGUUCAAUCAUUCUUGCAUUGAAUUCUAGUAGUGAGAGACCAAAAGGACUAACAAAAAAAGAAUACUUUAUUGGAUUCUUUUGCACCCUUGGUGCAGGGUUGUUAUUUGCACUUUAUUUACCAGUUAUGGAGAAAGUUUAUAAAAAGGUUUAUUGUUACGAAAUGGUGAUGGAAAUGCAGCUUAUAAUGGAGAUUGCAGCGACGGUUUUAGCGACGGUAGGAAUGGCAUGGGACGGUGGAUUUAAAGAAAUGAAGAGAGAAAGUGAGGAGGUUUUUGACAAGGGAAGUAGGGUUUAUUGGGUGACGGUUAUGGCUAAUGUCGUGACGUGGCAGUUUUGUUUUAUGGGGACUGCUGGGAUGGUGUUUUUGACAUCUUCAUUAACUGGUGGGAUUUGCAUGACAGCUUUGUUGUCUAUGAAUGUGUUGGGUGGUGUUAUAGUUUAUAGAGAUGCAUUUGGUGGUUUGAAAGCUGUUUCAACUGUUUUGUGUAUGUGGGGAUUUUGUUCUUAUGUUUAUGGUAUGUAUGUUAAGAUGUUGGAAGAGAAAGGGAGGAUGGCUAAGGAAAGGAAUGAUUCUUCCAUGGAGUUGAGUACUAUGAGAAGGAGUAGAGGUGCAACUGGUUGAAUAAUACUCCAUCCGUCCCAAAACGUAAGCAAAAUUGAGUCAACAUAAGUUAGUGUAUUUGGUUCAAAAAUACAUUAACUUUCGUUAAUCAAUUUUUACUUAUAUUUUAGGACGGUGAGAGUAUUUUUUAGGUGAGUACAGUGAGUAUUAAUGGGACGUCAGUCAAUUAAAAAGUUCAAGGUUUGUAUUAUAUAUCAAAGUUUAAAUUGAACAUAUUGGUAGUAACAUGAACUUUUGAUUAAUAAAAUUGUACUCACUAAUGUAAAAAAGAAAAAAAAUAUUAAAACAGAUAUAGUUAGACGCUACAUGUUUUAUAUAAUUGUUGGAUGAAAACAAAUAUAAUUGGAUGGGUUUGGUCCAUUUUGUAUUUCAA